AAUCACGGACAAACCUCCACUGCUUUCGCUCUCCGAACACUGCCGAACGGUCCCGAAUGCAUGUAAACAGAACAGCAAUGUGCUGCAGAAGUUUACAAGUUUUGUAUAUCAGCAGAAGAUCUCUCGAAACCGUGACACGAAAGAGCGUUUAUAACUUCGGUACAAUGGCAACAUCUUUGGAUAAAAUUACUGAUGUUGACAUCGAUGCGAAUGGCAUAUUCAAGUACAUACUGGUCCAUGUUCACGACGACGUCAACAAGCAGUCAAAACCUAUCGUUAGAGGCUAUGCGAAAUGCACCUGGCAUGCCGACAUUUACGAUGAAAUAGCCAAUGAAAUAAAGCCUCUUGGGCCUGGAUUGGACACCGAAUGCGUCGGGGGUGGCAGAAUCAAUCAUGAUGCCACUGCUAAAAGUAUCAACGUUUAUGGAUAUUCCCAGGGAUUUGGAAAAGCUGAUCACCGCAUCUCUGUUGAUCUGCUGAAGAAAAAAUAUCCGGAUUACGUCAUCACGUGGUCCGACGAAGGCUACUGAACUCAUGAAUCAACGGAUGAUCACUAUUUUUUCUCAUCGAUUGCUUUUCAAGUGUUCAACGAAACAUUUUUUCGAACGAGCUUCAAUCGCCUGCUUUUUAUCCAAAUAUAUGCAGCCACAUCAGUUUGGGAAAUUUGGCACAACAUUGAUCACUGAGAAGAGGGUUUUUAUAAAAUAUUUCGCAUGAGCUUGCACUGAGCCAUUGAAUGCCCUACUACGAAGUAAAAUAAUGUUGUCGUUUGUCUAAUAAAACCGGAGUGUUCUGAA